AUGCGUCUGUCUCUCGCCGUGGCCGCGGCCGUCUGCCAGGCAGCGGUCAGCACGGCCUCGUCGCUCACUCCCCCCGUUCUGCCGUUGAUCGUGCGGAACCCCUAUCUCAGCACUUGGCUGGGCGAUGCGCGCGAGGCGCCCUGGUCCAAAUGGCCUAUGUUUUACACCGGAGAGGAAGUCGGACUGUCAUUGAUGGCCCACGUCCCCAGUCAGGGUUCCGUGUAUCCCCUGCUGGGCAAGCCUCAUGAUUCCCUGGCCUCCGACGGAGGAUAUGAACUGCAAUUCCCCGAAUACCUCGGACACAAUUAUGACUCCUCUACCACCAACUUGACUUAUCGCAUCGACUCGGGGGCCUCGACCCCUCUGGAUAUUACUAUUUCAUUUCUUUCCCCCAUCACCCCGACCUCGACUCUGCGGCAGUCGAUUCCGGCCUCGUAUGUCACAAUCGAUGUCCAGGGCGAUGUUGACGUGAACGUGUACAUGGACCUCGACGGCCGCUGGCUUAGCGGGGACCCCGGAAGCCCCAUCAACUGGCAGCGGGACACGCUGAAUGUCGAGGACAAAAAGCCCAGUCUCCAAAGAUGGCAAAUUCGCAAGGAGUCUGAACUCCUGCUGUCAGAGAUCCGCGACCGUGCCGAAUGGGGCACCCUUCACUUCACUGGACCUGCGGAUGUUCGCUACGAGUCCGGUGAUGCGGAAAAGGUGAGACGAGGUUUUGCAGGCUCUGGAGCGCUUCAUAACAAAAACGAUGAUGCAUUCCGGCCCAUCCGUGAUUGGCCCGUCUUUGCUUUUUCCAAGUCCUUCAAACUCGGACAGGCCUCCAACUAUACUGCGGAUAGUGUGACCUUUACGGUUGCUCUCGUCCAGGUUCCCGUCGUUCAGUAUGCUGCUGCUCGCGGUCUCACUUUGAUGCGGCCCCUUUGGGAGUCCUGGUUCCCGACAACCGAGGAGCUGUUGACGUUCCACUACAAUGAUCUUGCGGCGGCCGGUCUUCUUGCGUCCAACUAUUCGCAGCAAGUGGCCCAGGAUGCGUAUCUGUCAGGAGCUGAUGACUAUGUUGACAUUGUGGCCCUCUCUGCGCGACAAGUGAUGGGAGCCACCACGUUCUCCGGUACCCCCGAGAACCCCAUCUUGUUCUUGAAAGAAAUCUCUUCAAACGGCAACUUCCAAACCAUUGAUGUCAUCUUCCCCGCAUUUCCAUUCUUCCUAUACACUAAUCCGCGGUGGUUGGCAUACCUGCUGGAGCCGCUGAUCGAGCACAUGCUUAGCGGGCAGUAUCCGAACACCUACGCUAUGCACGACUUGGGUACGCACUUCCCCAAUGCCACCGGUCACUCUGAUGGAAAAGACGAAUACAUGCCGGUCGAGGAGUGUGGCAAUAUCCUCAUCAUGGGCCUGGCCAUUGUGAACUCUCUUCGCUACGAGAACUCAGGGGCAGCCUCGUCCAUUUGGUCUUCGCACGGCUCGGCUCCUCCAGCUAUCUCGAGCACGUCUUCUCAAAUAUUCCACCUUAACCAUCUUCAAGCUCUCUCUGGGAUUGCCCACCAAGACGGCAAAUGGGGUGGUGGCUUGGAUGGACAGCAAUUGGCCAAGAAAUGGGUGCAGCGCAGCUACCGUCUGUGGAAGCAAUGGACUGGGUACCUGGUGGAAUUCUCACUGGAGCCGGCCAACCAACUGUCUACCGACGACUUUGCCGGUUGGUUGGCACUGCAGACCAACCUGGCCCUCAAAGGAAUUGUGGGGAUCAAGGCCAUGAGCAAGCUCGCUGAGGUGGCCGGGGAAGAGGCUGACGCGUCUUACUUCAAGGAAAUCGCCGACACCUACAUCGCCAAGUGGGAGGAGUUUGGCAUGUCCCGCGACGGCACGCAUGCCAAACUCGCCUACGACUGGUACGGCUCCUGGACUACCAUCUACAACCUGUAUGCCGACGCCCAGCUCUGCUUCCACCUCGACGGAACCAACGUCUCCUCGUCUCAAGAGAAGGCGCCGGGCUUCGUGCCGCGUCACAUCUACCAGAAGCAAUCGGUCUGGUAUCACUACGUGCGCCAGAAGUUCGGCGUGCCCCUUGACAGCCGACACUUGUACACCAAGACCGACUGGGAGUUCUUUUCGAUGGCUGUUGCCUCUACCCCUGUUCGUGCGGAGAUCCUCGAGUCUGUUGCCCGCUGGGUCAACGAGACCGUCACCGACCGACCCUUCACGGACCUGCACAACACCGAAGGAGACGGCAACUUCCCUGGCCCGAAUUUCUUUGCCCGGCCAGUCAUUGGUGGCCACUUUGCAUUCCUGGCUUUGAGCCGUGCCUGUGGCGGCCGUGCCCAGGAGGGCUUGUCCUUCCUGGACGACAUUGAUGAUGAAACCAUGGCUCUUUGGAUGAAGGAUGCCGAAACGGCCGCAGCAGAGUUCCAGGGCCCAUGGAGCAACCACCAUGGCGCUGGAGAACUGUAG